AUGCCGCGCAACCCCGCUUCCUCGCGCUCCUCCUCUUCCUCCUCCGAGUCCACCACUAGCUCCUCCCCCUCGCACGAGUCCGACCGCGAGACGCCGCGCAAGACUCGACCUACGAUACCCUUUCCCACGCACCUAAACAGCUUGGCAAUCCGCAGAGCCUGUCGCUACCCGCUCAUCCAGCAGGCGCUACCAAGACUCGACACCGCAAUCCGAGCCAUGAACGCCUUCCUCUCGCGCCAUCCCUGCCUUGCAGCGUUCUGCGCGCAUUCCUGCCGACUCACAUGCCGCCUCUUCCCCCUCGACCGCAUUGACCGAGUAGCGAACAAGACACUCGAUGUCGUCGAGUACCUCAUACCGAGCAUCAAGGGCCAGCUGCCGGAUCUCAGGGGACAGCCCUUUGCUCCCGAGAUGCUCAAGGAGGUCAAGCGUGUUCGCAGGGACUUGCCCGGUAUACGAGCGCGCCUGGCGGCAGAGCUGGAUCAAGGCUGUCCGGACCUCGACGACCUAGGCGACGUCCUCGUCGACUUGAUCUAUGCCGCGGACUACAUCUCAAUCGCAGCAGAACAGAGUGGCUGCCAGGUUGAAGCGCUUCUCACCGUGCAUCUCAAGAUCCGCCGGGAGUGGAGCUACGGGAACCACUACACCGUCCUCGCUGGACACGCGCUCGACUAUAUCGACAACUGGCUCUCUCCACUGCUCGAGCAGAUCCAGGAGCCUCCUGCGCCUCCCGUCACGCACACGCAGACGUAG